GGAAAGAUGAGGUGCUGAGUGUGCACACCUUUGGCAAGAGCACACGGCCAGCUGGGGGAAGGGGACCUCUCCAGCUGCCUAUGGAGCUCCCCCUGGCUAAGGCAUACUCCCAAGAGUGUGAAGCUCCAACCUUCAGCACCUUCCUACCUGGCAUGGACUUGACCCAAAGGAAUUGUCAGGGUACUAGCUUGCUUCCGGGGUCUAGACUCCAGGACCUAAAGACGGAGGAGGCCCAGUUCAGCCCCAGGGUCCCAUUGGGCCUCGCUGUGAUGUGUCCACAGGUCCUGGAAGCUGCCUCCAAUCCAGAAGGCUCAGUUCCUAUGGAGGAGCUGUCCCAGGAAGGAGGCUUGUCCCUGCAGGCUGAGACCCGGGCUUGGUUCCAGAAGACCCAGGCCCAGUGCCUCUUGCAGAACGGGGCUGCUCCUGCCUGGUUCCACGGCUUCAUCACUCGGAGGGAGGCGGAGAAGCUGCUGGAGCCCCAGCCUCUGGGGUGUUACUUGGUGCGGUUCAGCGAGAGCGCCAUCACCUUCGUGCUGACUUACCGAAGCCAAACUUGCUGCCGCCACUUCCUGCUGGCCCAGCUCCGGGACGGGCGCCACGUGGUGCUGGGCGAGGACAGAGCCCACACCCGACUGCAAGACCUGCUGCAGCACUACACAGGGUGUCCGCUCAGCCCCUACGGGGAGACACUCACUCAGCCCCUAGCCCGCCAGACGCCUGAGCCUGCAGGACUUUCCCUCGGGACUGAAGAAGCAGAUUCUAGAAGCCAAAGCCAGGAUCCAUACCCCCCGUACAGCCCAGUUCUCAAAAAGGAGCAGCCUGCAGCCCCCACGCCGAAAGAGAGGGUUGAUGAGCCAAAGGAGACCUCCCAAUCAUCCCGACGCAAGCCACCCAUUCCUGCGAAACCUGAAGUCUACACAUGCCCGGGUCCCAGACUCCGCCCGCCCCCGCCCCCCAAGCCCUCCCACCCCAUCUACAAUGAGCCUGAUGAGCCCAUAGCCUUCUACGCCAUGGGCCGGGGAAGCCCCGGGGAAGCCCCCAGCAACAUUUACGCCGAGGUGGAGGUGCCCGCGGCUGGGAGUGAGGGGCCUCAGGGCGCCCUCAGGCACCAGGUCCUACGGAAGUGCUGGUCCAAACCUGUCCUGGGAUGUCAGAAACCAAGCUACCAAGAACUGCACUGUGAGAACUCCGAGGCCAGACAGGGCCAAGUCCCACCCCGAUGGGGACAGACCCUGCCCCACCUUUCCAGACAGGUACUUCAGGACAGAGGGCAGGCAGGGCCCUCCUUGGGGCCUCCACAGUAGCCAGAGAGACUGAACUGGAGAAUAACCUGAAACAUCAGGUUAUGCCAGAGACCUUCACACAAACCCAGUGCCCUUGUCAGCACUGGGUUUGGAUGGGGCCAACUGUAGGUGAGCAGAGCUGCAGAGGACUUCAGCCAUCAUCAUCCAUCGUAGCCAAGGCAAAUGGAUGUCACCUUACGUGCCAGCUCCAAUCCAUUGGUCAUGGCUGCCUGAAGCGCAGCCUGGAGAGGAUGUUAAGGUCACAUCUGAACUCAGCAGAAGAGAACGCUGUGAUUGAUUAGUGAUGUCUGCCAGGGGAUUAGCAGGGAGGGGGCACAGCAUUUUAUUUGCCCUUGCUAAUCAAAUCCAAGCCUCUGGCUAUGUGGAUGAAGGAACAAAGCCAGAGAGGAGACACAGUGACUAAGGCAAGGUCAAGAACUGGAACCUAUGGGAGUAGGCAGCGGGUAAAGCGCACGUGGCGCAAAGCACAAGGACCAGCAUAAGGAUCCUGGUUCGAGCCCCCCGGCUCCCCAUCUGCAGGGGAGUUGCUUCACAGGCAGUGAAACAGGUCUGCAGGUGUCUUUAUCUUUCUCUCCUCCUCUCUGUCUUCCCCUCCUCUCUCCAUUUCUCUCUGUCCUAGCCAACAACGACGACAAUAAGAAUAAAACAAGGGCAACAAAAGGGAAUAAAUACUUAAAAAAGAAAAAAAAAAGUGGAACCUAGGCUUCUUGAUCCUGUGGUUCCUUAUUCCACAUACUAGUGUCAGAGAUUCCCUUACACAAGAAAUUGGGCUGCUUUCCAGAGUGCUUAGAGAGCCUGGGUACUGUUUCCCUUCCUCUGGAUUCCAGCUCACAUACCGUGUCCCAGCCAGGUCUGCCUCCCCACCACCACCUCCCCCGAAGAACCUGCAGGUCAGAGGAGUGGCUGUGGAGUCCCUUCCUUUUAGGGACGGACACACACACACACACACACACACACACACACACACACACACACCGGCUCCCUCCUAAGAGGUCCUAAGAAUCCAAUGGCUCUCAUCUGAGGAAAUUAUUUGAGGAAAUGGGCCAGGUGGGUCCUCUUGUCUCCCAUCUUGCUGGUCAUUGCUCCUGGCAUCUAGUUUCCUGGGCCCUCUGAGCCUGGAGUCUGGGCCCUGGGCCAGUGUUGCUGUCUGAGGAGCGGUUUGGUGAGAACAGAUGUUAGAACUUGUUUGUUGAUUCUUGUCUGCCUAAUAAAUCAUCACCAACCACUUCCCCCCUCCAGGGCUUCAGGUCCUCCAGGUUCCUUCUGUCUCUGUUGCUGACUGCCUCUCUCUCAGGGUACGGAAGGCCUAUGGGCUGGGAGACACCUCACCAAGGGUCCCAGACUUGCAGAUUAGAGGCUGGACAACACCAAGGCAAAGGACACAGGCCUCUCUGCAAACAUUCCUGCCCUUGUUGGGCUAGACAGGGCAGGUUGCCAGGGGCAGAGGGAGGCUAUACCUCUAGGGGGUGGGGUACCAAGAAAAAAAUAUUUAGGGGGGAACUAUUGAAGGGUAACCUCCUUUCCUGACCAAGUGACAUUUUUUUUUGUCCCCAGGGUUAUCAUUGGGGCUCGAAUGACGUCAUUGCUCCCAGUGGCCUUUUUUUUCCCCUUUCUUCUAGAUAAAAGGUGAGACAGAGACAGAAAUAGAGGGAGAGACCACAACACCACUCCACCUUUCAUGAAAACUCUUCCACAACCCACACCCCAGGUGCUCCUAUAUGGUGACAUAUAAGCUGUGCACUCUACCAGUGAAUCACCUGCUGGCCUCAGAUUUUGAGCCUGUGUGUGGGGGGGGAUCCCCCACAUACACACAACGAGAAUAUGAAGAGCUCCCCUUCAGUGUUCUUCCAGUGCUCCUGGGUUUGGGCCUUUGCCUCAGUUUCCUCUCCUCUCUGCCCAGGUCUACUCUCUGAGCUUCAGUGAUCAGGACUCUGCUUUGGAUUGUCUCUGGGCAAGGGGGUUCCCCAGAGAGGCAGGACUGCCCCUACACCAGUAACAGGGCUCAGAGCAGAGGCUGUGCAGGAGGCCUAGGGACA